AUGCCCAAUCCCACCGUCCUUCCAACCCCUGACUACUGUCUCGCCGACUUCUGUCUGGUCCCGGUCGGCACCUCCUCGCCCUCGGUCUCAGACCAAAUCGCCGAUGUCCAGCGGCUAAUCGAAACAUGCGGCUUGAAAUAUGUCAUGCAUUCCGCUGGCACAACCCUGGAGGGACCCUGGGACCGGGUUUACCAGGUCAUCGGACAAGCGCAUACGAUUCUCCAUCAAAAGGGAAUCGUUCGGAUCCACACUGACAUUCGGACUGGAUCGCGAACUGACAAGCAGCAGUCCUUUGAGGACAAGGUAAGCAAGGUGGAGCAGCUAUUGAAAAAGUAA